CGCGCCCAGGCAUAGCGGCAAGGUAACUGGUAUCGUGGGGUCUCGGCGCGGUCUCCAUGGGUCCGCGAGUACAACUCCCGCCCGAAAUCCUGCUCGCGCAGCGGCUGGCGGGGAACGAGCAGGUGACCCGGGACCGGGCGGUGAGGAAGCUCCGGAAAUACAUCGUCGCCAGAACUCAGCGGGCCGAAGGUGGUUUCACUCAUGAUGAGCUGCUGAAGGUGUGGAAAGGGCUGUUUUAUUGCAUGUGGAUGCAGGACAAGCCGCUGCUGCAGGAGGAACUUGGCCGGACCAUUUCCCAGCUUGUCCAUGCUUUCCAGACCACAGAGGCACAGCACCUGUUCCUUCAGACCUUCUGGCAGACCAUGAACCGUGAGUGGCCGGGCAUUGACAGACUGCGCCUGGACAAGUUUUACAUGCUCAUGCGGAUGGUCCUGCGCGAGGCCCUGACGGCCCUGCAGACGCAGGGAUGGGACGAGAGACAAACCGAGCAGCUGCUGGAGCUGCUAACGACAGAGAUCCUGCACCCGGACAGUGAAGCCCCCAACGGGGUGAAGAGCCACUUCAUCGAGAUCUUCCUGGAGGAGCUGACCAAAGUGGGCGCCCACGAGUUGACCGCGGACCAGAACCUCAGGCUCAUUGGGCCCUUCUGCACGAUUGCUGCCCAGACUCAGGACUCCCUAGUUUUGCACAACAUCGCUCAAGGCAUCUUUGAAACAAUCGUGGAGCAGGCCCCACUGGCCAUUGAAGAGCUCAUGAAUGAACUGGAGGAGGAGGAGCUGUCGGAGGAGGAGGAGCUGUCGGAGGAUGAGGCGCUAUCAGAGGAGGAGGUGUUGGAGGAGGAGGCGCAGGAGCCGGGCGUGCUGUCCAGAGAGCCCCCUAAAGGUUCGGUCUGCAGGGCUCAGGGCCCCCUGGGCAAGCAGGCGGAAGAUGACGAUGAGGACAGCGCCAGCCCUGUUCUCCAGUUCGACUACAAGGCUGUUGCUGACAGACUGUUUGAGAUGGCCAGUCACCAGGAUACCCCUCCGAAGAACCGGAAGCGCCUCUACAAAGUGGUCCGGAAGUUGCAGGCCCUCGCGGAAGGCCUCUUCCCUGAAGCUGACAUCCCAGAAGAAGCGUACCGGAAUCCGCGGGGCGGGAGGCGGGUGAGAAUGAAGAAGCGCUUGUCCGGAUCCCAGCUGCAGGGCAAGACAGGGAGACAUGCAAAGGAGGCCUUACGUUCUGGCUUGAGCCCAGGAUCCACGAGGAGGAGGCGGCGGCGGAGAGCAGGCGGUGACCCUGCUGUGCCCCAGGAGCGGCCCGGGGGCCAUGGUGGGACAGGGGCCCCCAGGAGGCAGCGGCGGCCUCGGGUGGGGGCCAAAGCAAAGAUGGCCGGUUGCCAGGAGCCAAAGGCAAAAAGGAAGCGGACCCCAGAGGGCCGGAAGUGACAUCCCCAGACCCCCGGGAGAAUGAGGGGACAAGACAGUCGGGCCGGGUCCCCAAGACUCCAGAAACUGACUGCUCCCCAACUUACUGUGUGGAGAGGUGGCCAAGGCCAGGACUCGGGGUCGGGCCCUCACUUGGUGCCCAUGUCCCUCGGUCAGGCCGGCGAACCCUGGGACUGGAGGCCCCCACAGACACCCUCCCUGGCCAGGAGACUGGCCACUCGACGGGUAUCGAUAAAUAAACAUGUCACGUG